CUUCUCUCAAGUAUAAAAUUCAUCAUCUUCUCACAUCCAAAACCCUAGAGGCUAGAACGGCAGUCCCCUCCAAAGGUAAGACAGUCUGCAUUUAGGGUCGCAUCCGUUGGAAAUGGCUCCAGCUAAAGUUGACCCAGCAAAAAAGGCUGACCCCAAGGCCAAGGCCUUGAAGACUGCCAAAGCUGUGAAAGCAGGUUCAACAACCUUCAAGAAGAAGUCCAAGAAAAUAAGGACAAAGGUCACUUUUCACCGGCCGAGGACAUUGAAGAAGGAGAGGAAUCCUAAGUAUCCACGCAUUAGUGCCCCUCCGCGCCAGAAGCUCGACCAGUACCAGAUCUUGAAAUACCCUCUGACCACAGAAUCGGCCAUGAAAAAAAUCGAAGAUAACAACACUCUGGUUUUCAUUGUCGAUAUCCGAGCUGAUAAGAAGAAGAUCAAGGAUGCCGUUAAGAAGAUGUAUGAAAUCCAGACCAAGAAAGUUAACACCCUUAUCAGGCCUGAUGGGACUAAGAAGGCGUAUGUUAGGUUGACACCCGACUAUGAUGCUUUGGACGUCGCCAACAAAAUUGGAAUUAUCUAAGUGAUUUGGAUCCUUCAGUUUUUAUGUGAUGUUAUUUUUCCUUUCCAGUGGAUUUUGAACUAGACAACUUUAAUUUUGGUACUCAAAUGUUGAACAACUUUUUGUUGAAUUUAGAUAUUGAAGCUUCAGAUUGUGUUUAUUUAUUGCCCAAGCCAUCGCAAAGAGUUUUAAUGCAUUGCCUUCUGAUCUUCAUAGUUACAUGGUUUAUCUUAG